AACAAACAGACUCCCUCUCUCUCUCUCUCACAUCUUAUAUUAUUAACCUAAUUAAAUCGAAGACGAAUCUCCGGCGACAUAUUUCAAACAAAGCUCGAGCACCGGAGGAAGAAUAACAGAAAAGAAUAUGUGUUGUGGACGGGUUUGCAUGCUGUGCACGUGUUUGCUUUUGGUUGUGAUCGCGAUUGGGUUUAUAUUCGGAUUCGGAGUGUUCAAGGAUGGUUUCCACAAGAUCCAAGAGACCGUCCAUCUCGAAUGCGAUCCGAGGUUCGGCUGCGGCGGGGACGUUGGGCGUCGCGGUUAUGGUUUCCCAGCUCCCUCCGGUCAUUAACUAGCUGUCUAUUCUCAUAUUAAACUCUUGUGAAACCAGCGUCAUUGUCUUUGAAUGUGUUCGGUUCGGUCGGAUUUGGAUAUUUAUCGAUUAUUAUAGGAUUUAGUUUUUUUUCGUUGUUGUUUUAAAUUUUCUUCCAUAAUACGUUACACGUUAAUUACAUUGAUUCUUCUUUGUGUAUUCUAAUGUUUCGUCAA